GAAACCUAUGUUAUUUCUGUCUCUUUUAUUUAUUACUACUUGACAUCUCGAGUAACAUGCAGGUGUUAAUGUAACACACGAUUAACGGAUCCUUUUAUCUAAUAUUUAUCAGAGGUUUAUGAAUGAGGCUAUACUAUUAACUAACGCUUGAUAAUUAAAAUUGAUGACCAUCCAUCUAUUAUUGUUCUACAUUUUUUGUUUGUACCACACUGGUUUUCUCUUGCAUCAUUAAACUUGAUUUCUAAAUAAUUUGUAAAUUUACUUUUAAAUGGAAAACAGUCUUGUUUCAAAUGUUUAUGACUUGAUACUAUUGCUUAUAUUAAUUCUGAUUUGCUCAGUGAACAUUUAUUUUAUUGUAAGAGUCUUUAUUACAUACAUACAAAAUGAUAAUUGAUCGCAAAUUGCUUUUGAGUUUAUUACACAGAAGUCCUUCAAAAUCAAAAAAGACCAAAGCCUUUAAAUUUCCAUCUAAAAAGGAGAAACGAGAGAAAUCACGCGAGAAAGAAUCAAAAGAAAAAGAUGCUGAGAAAGAGAAGGAUAAAAAGAAGAAGGAAAAGGAUGAAAAGGAUAUAGAUAAAGAAAAACGGAAAGACAAGGAUAAAGAUAAAUCUAAGCAAAAAUUAAAAGAUCGGAAAAAAGGAAAACAUGAAGGAUUAGAUAUUGGUGAGGAACAACCAAUUUUUGGUGUUAGUCUUCAUCUAGCGGUCGAGAGGAGUUGUUGUCACGACGGAGUCAAGUUACCCUUAGUGGUGAGAGACUGUAUUGAUUACGUGGAAGAGCAUGGGAUGAACGUGGAAGGUUUGUACAAAGUCCCUGGGGUGAAGUCAAAAGUUCAACACUUGAAAAAAUUGUACAAUAACCAGGAGCCAGUGAAUAUAUCCGAGUUUGAACCCACGGUAGCUACGAGCUUAUUGAUACUCUUUCUUAGAGAGCUGCCAGAGUCCGUGCUGGAGAACACCGAAACGAUAACACGUUUCGAGCAGGCCGCUUCGACCAAGGAUGUCGCGCAGCGGGAAGCGCAGUUGGCUCAGCUGACGCAGCAGUUGACAGAAUGCAACAGAAUUCUCCUGGCAUGGGUCACGUUACACUUGGACAAUGUCACGGCGCGAGAAAAAACAACAAAAAUGAACGCACAAACAAUCUCGAUGACGUUAAGUCCAGUUCUGCAAAUGAGUCACAGAUUGCUACUAGCUUUGUUGUUCCACUGCAAGGCUUUGUUUCCAAAUGUACAAUUGACAAAGUAUGUGCCACCAUUAUCAUCUGGUAGUACCAAUCUGCCAGAUUCCGUAGAGGGUAUAGCUGCGGAAUUAUCCAAACAAGAGUCGUUACUUUCUCAAAUUCACAUGCAGAUGAAUGCUGGUUUUGUAACGAAAUCUCGUGAGGAACAAUUGUGGGAGGUACAACGGAUGAUAACGCAAUUGAAGAGAAAAUGUAAGACUGUUCAAAAAUUGGAAGGCGCUACGCAGAAAAGUAUCGAUGAAGAAAUAAAAUCAACUGAUAAUAUUCCAAUAGAAUCUACCUCGCAGAAGCCAAAAGCUAUAGAUGAAGAUUCCGGACAAGCAAUAUCAGGUGACACUCAACUGUCAACGAACUCGACGUUGAUAAAGAAAGACAACAAACUACACAAUAUAGAAGAGGCGAAGCAGAAGUGUUCUUACUCGACAGGUACCACUGCGAACGCUACGCAAAAUGAGCAAAGUGUAACAAACAUACAAGAGAAAGAUGCAGUCGAUUCCGCAGUUGAGGCCGCAACAGUAACACCACAAGAGUCUGAAAACGUAACUCCGAAUGACAAAGUAAAUGAAUCUGAAGAGGAAGAUGUCAUAGACAAAUUGCGAGAAAGGCUGAUUCACGAGGAACUUUUGAAUAUGCAAGCGUUAUUGAAAUCUCGCAUCAAUCAAGAGAGAAAUGAGAUUAAACGAUUGAUGGAAAUGUUGACGGAGCGUGGCGCGAAAGAAGAAAAGAAGAAGCUCAAGGAGAGGACAUACUCUCCUAAUGAAGCCGAAAUGACGGCCAUGAUACAGCUAGUUAAAGAGAAUCAAUUACUCGAGAAGAAGAUGACGACGUUAAUACGUAGUAUUAUCGAGGAGAAGGACGCGUGUGUGGAGCUGCGUGUACAACUGGCAGUGCAUCAACUAAUGGCCAAAACUUGACCACAGAUCUCCUAGCGAUCGCAUCAGAAUCACAAUAUCUCUACGCUAUAAAGAUAUGAUCUGACAUUACGUUUUUGCACAUAAUGACCAUAUAUAGUUUAUAACAUGUUAUAAUUAUCACAUGUACCAUUAACUCGUUCGAUCCUUCCGUGAAGUAAUAAAAUAUACAAAAUGCAGCCGAAA